AUGCCAUCCGGCAUUAGCAAGCGCCAGCAGCUGCGUCAUGAGAAAAUCCUCGCCGAGCUGAUCCGCACGGUUCCCGGCAAUGACCGUUGUGCUGACUGCGACGCCUUGACCCCAGGAUGGGCAAGCUGGAACAUGGGUAUAUUCCUUUGCAUGCGGUGCGCCGCAAUUCACCGCAAGCUGGGCACACAUAUUUCCAAGGUCAAGUCCUUGUCGAUGGACACCUGGUCGUCCGAACAGGUGGAUAAUAUGAAAUCGCAUGGAAACAUGUUGAUGAACAAGAUCUUCAAUCCGAAAAAUGUUAAGCCACCCGUCCCGACCGACAUUGACGAAGCCGACUCGUGCAUGGAACGCUUCAUCCGGCAGAAAUACCAAUACCGCUCGUUGGAGGAUGGGAAGCCCAAACCCCCGAGCCGCGAGGAUGCCAGCUAUACCCGGACCCCCGAUUCACGACCUUCACGCGCCAGAUCUCCAUCGGGCUCUCCCGAAGGGUCGCCGCCUCCGCUGCCGCCCAAGACCGGCAGCAAGUUUUUUGGAUUCGGCCUGCGAGGAUCCUCCUCGACCUCCAACCUCCGCCGGUUCGGCACCAAGUCGUCCAAGGGUUCGCCGAAUCCUGACCUUGAGCGCUGGUCUCCGGAGCCGACUAUGAAGAACCGCGAGCGGGGCCUCGGCGCGCCCGUUGCCGAUGUGACGACUGCUUCAUUUGAAUCCAAGAUGGCUGCGAUGCGGGAGAUGGGAUUCACCAACGACCGCCGGAACGAGAUGGUGUUGCGCGGUCUCAAUGAGGACCUCGAUCGGUCAGUCGAGACCCUAGCUAGACUGGGAGAAGGAAAUGGUGCUCCAAUGCGAGCCAGAACUCCUGCUGCGACCAGCACCACUGCGCCUGCGCCUGCGCAGCCUGCCCGUGCCGUGACCCCCAACCCUCCCAAACCGGAGACAUCCAACAAUCCUUUCGAGAGGUCCGUUUCAAAUCCAGUUGUGCAGCAACAGCCGCAGUCUGCGACUGCGUCUUAUAAUCCAUUUGACCGUCCGAACCCGACGCCCGUCUCGGCUCAGCCUCUGGAAACUUCUUUCCAGAAUUUACAGGUCUCACAACCCUUGUUCCCUCACUCGACUGGCGGACAUCCCAAUCGAGCAAACUCUGUGCCUCAGCCUGCAUCUCAGCCUAUGUACCAGCCGCCGUUCGCGCCAUCGGCCACUUUCGGCCAGAACCAGGGCGGCUAUGUCUCUUCGCCCCAGUCAAUGGACAACAGCUACAAUCCUUUCUUUCAGACAGCGCCUCAGCCGCAGGGCGGCGUGGCCAGUCAGACCUUUUCUAGCCCCAGUGCUGCGCAAAACAAUCCAUUCUUUAACAAUGCCGCGCCUCAAAACCAAUCAAUGCAGCAGACACAGCAGCCAGCAGCGGUGCCAAAUCUCUCUGUGCCUCGUCCACCUCAGCAUGCGAACACCAUGCCAGCCAUGCCUUCCAAUUCGCCGUUUGGAACCUCACCAUUUGGCCCGACGCCCUCUUUCCCGCAACAGCAGCAGCAGCAGCAGCCGCAGCAGCUACAACAGGCUACAAAUGCUGCUCAGGGAUCCUACAAUCCGUUCCAGCAGGCCAUGGGACCGACGACCCCUCAGAGCGCAGGUCCAUUCACGACACAGAAUCAAUUCCAGUCCCAGCAGUUCCAGCCUCAACAGCAGCAGCCUCAGCAGCUUCAGCAACCGCAGCAACCGCAGCAACCGCAGCAGCUGGUUCCGCAGACUACUGGCCAAAUGGAUAAGAACAGCAUCCUCUCUCUUUACAACCUCGCCCCAUCACCCGCUGUUCCUCCCAUCCCUCAACAGUUCCAAUCCCAGCCCCAGGCUCAAGCCCAACCCCAGUUCCAGCAGGGCAUGGGAACCAGCCCUGUUCCACCCCUAACCAAUUCUCUCAACACAACCCCUCAAACCCAACCCGGCUCAAGCGUCCCAACGCCGCAGCCUCAGUCCAACGCUCCACCCAUCGCAUCCAGAAACCCCUUCGGAGCUGCGAAUGUCGGUUCUGGCCUCGCAGCCCAAGCAGGCGUGACCCCCUCUCAACUCAACCAACCUUCCUCCGGCCUGGGCAUCGGAAUGGGAACCAACGGCACAGCCCAGUCUCAACCCCAGCCUCAAAUCCCGGCACCAACAGGAAUGAAAACAUCCGCUCCUUUCGCCGGUGGCUCGAGCCCGUUCUCAUCCAGUCCGUUCUCCGGACCCCCGCCAAGUAACCUAUCCUUUCCCCGGACACACAUGAGCCAGCCAAGCGUGGACGUGAACAACCUGCAAAACGGCCGACACAGCCCAGACGCAUUCGCCAGUCUGAGUGCCCGCUACGGUUGA